AUGAGAGAAAAAAAGGCCACUGCGAGUGCAUUAGAUACAGAAAAUUCAUCAGAAAUCAAAGGAGAAUCUCUUAUUAUUAAAACCACCAGCACGGGAUCUGAUAAUAAUUUGGCAGCAGGUGGUUUAUUAAGUAAUAUUAAAGAUGUGCACGUAAGUGAGAAUAUGGCAGAAUUUAUUACACAUAGCACAGAAAGUUCUCUUAUUUUUCAUAUAUUGUAUUCAAUAUUUUACAGUACAGUACUAUUAAUUAUUACACAAUAUGGCAUAAGUACUGCACACUACACCACCAGAUCAAUUAUUACACAGUAUAAUUAUUUACUACUCACUGUGUAUUAUAUAUUCAAUAUAUUACUACAAUUUAUUACACUAUAUGUAAUAAGUAAGGAUAGUACACUAAUAUUUACUAAAAAUUUUCCAAGUAAUAAAAAUAAAAUAAUUAGUAUUUUUAUACUAAUUAUAUCUGUAAUACUCACAGGCAUAUUUAUAGGCUUAUUUAGUACAGAUAUAUUUAUUAGUAUAACAAUAAGUAUUUAUACAGGAAUUAGUCUAUCAUACAGUAUAAUUAUACUAAUAGACAUAAUAUUAUACACAAUAUGUAAUAAGUACGAGUGCAUGUAUAAUUAUAAGCAUAUGUGUAAUAAGAAAUUAUCACUUAUUUAUUACAUAAACAUAAUUAUAAGUAUAAUUAUAACAGUGUACACAGCAUACAUAAUAAAAGACACAUUAUAUCCAAAUACAGUAAGUAAUAGCCAAAUAGGGUAA